AACAAAACUCUUUCACUUUCCUGCUUUGCUUUUCAACGAGCCACAACUGUCAUAUAUAAAAACAACCCCAUGCAGCUAAGUGAUGACGCAAUCCUGAGCUCUGACGUCAAAAGAUGGUUCCUUAUUUAGUGAAACACAAACAACUGGCCCCUAACCUCUAUCAUUUCGUAGUUUGCCAAUGUUUUUCACGUUUUCAGCAAUUUUUUUGACAAAAAAUUCAUAACAUUGUUUUUGCACUGUGCUUGAACGCUGUGAUAUGAACUUGGAUAAGAUUGAGUGCAUUGUAAUAACUUGCAGUAACUAUGUGCUCAGUUCACAAAGAAUUUGUUCUAUUUUUCCUGUGAAGUAAAAGAGUAUUUCUCACCAAUAUGAUAUUAUUUUCAGCAACAUCUUUGUUGUGUCUCGUAACCUUUAGAUUUAGGAUUGUAAAUUCUUCCCACUGGAUUGUAGCGGAGAAUGGCAAAAUUCAGUCGCAGCUUGACUCUGUUUAUCAUCUAAGAGCUCCUCAUGAUCUGAUCGCUUUCCUAAAUCAAGAAAAGAGAGUAGAAAAACUUGAAGAGUACUAUGCUCAGAUGCUUGAGAAAGUAUCUAUGAUUAACCGUAAAAGACUUGACUUGGACGGGGUAACAGAAGUGGAGUCCAAGUUAUAUGCAACGGAUGCAGACUGUUUGAACACUGAUGAGCCCUUGAAUGCUGAUGAUUUGGCCUUCUCAUUUUUUGACGAUGGAAAAGACUUAGAAGAGUUCAAACGUUUGGAGUCAAGUCCUGGCAAAUCUGCUUCGCAUCUAGAAUCUUUGCCAGAUUGUUCAAGAUUCUCAUCAUUAGAAUUUUCUUUGGCCACCUUUCCACAUUUGCAGGUUUUGACAGAGGAGUGGCAUCUAGAGGAUAAUCAAAUUGUGGAAAAGUUACCAAGUGAUAUAUUUAAAUACUCAGAAAUUGGUCAAAUUUUAAAUUAUGAACUCUCGAUGAACAGUACAUCCUGGUUUCAUUACAACUUAGCAGCCAUUUUUUGGAGGAAGAAAGGAAAACCAAAUAAAGCAAUUGAUUGUGCAAAACGAGCUGUUCAUUUUUCAUCAAGACGGUACAAAGAUAUAUCCCUGCUGAAUUUGGGUUCUCUCUUGCGCUAUAAUGAGUACCUAGUUGAAGCCGCGAUUGUAUUGCAUGCUGCACUGGAUCAUGCACCUCAAAAGCCGCUAAUACAUUUCACUUUAGCAAAUGUAUACCUGUUUUUGGGAGAGUUUAACCGGUCAAUUGUAUUUUAUGACAAUGUCCUUCAUCUGCAACCUGAUUGGCGAGCAGCUCAAAGAAUCCGUCAUUUUGUUGGGUGUAACUGGAAACAUCAAUCAAAUUUAAAAUUAUUGCGAGACAACUUACACGAUAUCUUGCACCAUUCUCAUGAGUACCAGGAACUCCAAAUGAAGUGGCUAAAAUUGCAUGAAGAGCUACUAAGUCAAGUUAUGCCUCUUGAAUUGCGAUUAAUCCGGCAAGAUGCUGUCUCAUCAUUUUUAGCGAACAAGAGUUUAUUAAGUAAAACAUGCGGCUACAAUAAAAGAGACGGUGAAUUGAUUCUGAAGUGUGAUUUCAUACCAAACAAACUGUCAUCCAUGCAUGAAAAACAGUUAGAAACUAAAAUCAGGCUACAAGUUUUAGCAAAUAAUGCCCUCUCACAGAUCCUGAAAAUCAAUGAAAAGCUGCUGCAUUUUGCUAUCGAGCCCCCACAGCUCAACGUGAAAGCCUCGUCUCCUCAAUUCAAGAAUAUAGAUGAACUGCAAUUACCCGUCAAAAGCAUUAAAACUUCAGCAAGCGAACAGUGUAAAAGUGCCACUGGUUUUAAAGACACAAAAACUGACGUCUCAGAGAAUAUCGAAGAGCCUUCCUCAGGAAAUUCUAGUCCCUCCGAGAAAGCCCUGCUAACAGAUUCAGAUUUCAACGAUAGUCUCAAAUCUAGCAUGGAAAAUGAAGAUGAUGAUGGCAAACUUGAGUUGUUGAUUGACGUUAAUGAUGUUAGCGGUAGAGAGCAAAAUUCGGAUGCACCGAAAAUUGUACGACCAGUAGUCCAAGUUCAGCCCCUUCCAUACUUCGAAACCGGAAAAUUAUUAAUAGAAGAGCAUCCUAGAAGAGAUCAUAACGGAUUCAGUCAAGUCGCAGAUCAACGUGAAAGAGACGAAAAUAGUUUCUCUGGUUUUAAAGAGGACGUAGAGCUGCGUCAGUUCACUCGGAAUAAGGUUGGAUUUGAAAACGUAGGAACGUUUGUAGGAAAUGUAGACGAAGCAUUCCAACUGAAAGAGAAAAUAUCCGACCUUAUUAAAAGCAUUAAAAGUAAUCUUAAGAAACUGGCAGCUAAUAAACAAGCCUUACAACACUCUGAAGUGACCAUUGCAUUCCAUGACGAUUUUAGUAAUGUUGUUACUCUCAAUAAAGAGAAGUUUUUCGGACUGGUUAUCGAUUCAGUAGAAGCAAGUGAAAUCCUACGACAAGAGUUUGAAUUUAUCUCCGAGGUAUUGAGGUCCUCCAAAACUGGACUGAGUGAACCAAACUUUGCUGAAAUCAACCUCGCUUCGAAAUGUUCGAAACAUUUCUGUCUCAGCAGCAAAGAGACAGAUCCAGUUGCUCAAGAACUGAAAUUUUCAGCUCUGCAUGAUGAUGACCAGUUAUCUGUUUUAUUCAAAGAGGAAAUUAACGAUGAGGAUGAGUUCUUAGAAAACAUUUCACAGGCUGAUAUGAGUGCUAGUCUUUUAUCACUCCUGAAUAUUCCACCCACCGUCGAUUCUUCGACAGAAAGUGGAAGCCUUGAAUGCCAACUUGGAGAGAGUAUCAUUCCAGAUCUCACUGUUGACACAUAUACUGAGGGGAAGCCAAUGACCCCAGAACCGAAACUUUUGAAGGUCUUGAAAAUAGCUGCAAACAGUGAUGAUGUAAGUGCCGACAGAAUCAAAGACUAUCUAGAAACAAUCUUAAAGGAUUCAGAUAUUUGGAGCACUGCAACGAUUUCAGCCUUGUUUUGGAGAUACUCAGGUGAUGCAGGGAAGACAGUUGUUUGCUUGCAACAGGCGGUAAGUGCAUCUCCCAAAGAAUACCGACAUAGUCCAUUCAUGAUCGUCUCAUACAUUCUACUUACGAUUGGUCAGCCCAAUGAAGCGCUGCUCUUGGCAUCACUGGCCAUCCAAAUCUCACCUCAUUCUAUUCUGUCGCAUUUAACAUUGUACAAGAUUUUCUCCUCCCUCGGGGACCACAAAAGAGCUCAAAUUUUCAGAAGCUCAUCUUUGGCUCUACUGGCCAGUUAUGAACCUAUUUUAACAAACCGAUAAACUCGACGGAUCAUCUUGAGAGCUCUGUUCAGAAUUUCCUUGGAUUAAGUCCUUAUUUUCUGUUACGAGUUGAUUAAUGUUUUAGAAGUGUACAGUGGCUUCAUUUGUAAGGGCAUUAGAAGAUGUUCGUCAUCAUAGCUUUAGGUAACAGUUCCUGUUGCAUGUUGAAUGAUGAAAGAAAUGUCUCGCCAUUGCAGAUUCAUUUCUUGGCACAUAGUUUGCUUAUGUGUCAAAUUUUAAGAAUUUUAUUUAGUACUUUGAAAAUCUUGAAAUACCUAGUAAAUUUUUAAGGAACUCUAGUUAGCAACAAAAAUGCACUCUGUCCUGAGUAACAAACAAUUGAGUAUCUUUUGAAGUGAGACUCUGUAAGUUGUUGCUGCGGUAGUGAUCUGAGCAUUUACUGGCAUUCCGCCUUGUAUGUAGAAUAACAAGAAAUAUUAAGUUUUUUCACUCCUAUGCAAGAACUUCAGCAUGGACUUCAAACGGUACUGUUUCCCACAAAGGGAAAUAUAUUACAUCUUGUCUUGUCUUUAUCAUUCAAGUUAAGAAUCAGCUAAAAAAUUUUGGUGGGGAUGAUUUAAGUCUUUUCGUUUCUGAAAGAGAUUUCUGCGAAAUGUUUUAUUUUGUACUUAAUCAGAAAAAGUUGAUUGAUCAACAGAGAAUUAACAAUGUUUCUUUAUUAAUGCUUCUUAGUUAAAUCAAUCUCUAAUAAUUUAGUUUACAGCAACAACACCGAGAGACUUAUUCUAUGAAAGAUUCUGAAGCUCUGCCUUAUUAUGAAUGUACACAGGGUGCUAUAAUUUUUUUGUAACGAUCAUAUGUUUUUUUUUUUUGUCAAAGUAAGUUUUUUCAUGUAUCAGAAUGUGCUCAUAAGGAAACCUUGCUUUAAAAGGACGUAGGUCGUGUUUCGAAGGAAAAUUCUCUAUUUUGUCCUUCAAAUGGAGUUCUGGCAAGGUCCUAAAAAAUCAUGCCAUUGGAGACUAUCCCAUUGACUUAAGUUUCCAUGAUUUCUCUGGGAAUUUGAAAGUGAGUAUCUGCGUACUGAUUUUUUAUGAAUGACAAAUCAAGGUCUUUGAAGGCUAUGAUCAGCUUUAAAUCAUUUAAUUUAUCGGUGCAGAUCUUGCCUUGCUGAAUUGAAUCACUAAAUAUACAUCUAUGUAUUCUGUAAGUUUCUUAAUUUUGUCACUAAUUUUAAAGCAAAUCAAAUGCUUCUACUAUUUUCAUGAAUUUAACCACAUACUCUAUUAAUUACCAAUUUCUUUGAAUGAUAUUUACAUAGGAAACUGCCAGUACAGCUUUAUUAAGGGAUCCAAUCGAACCCUGUAAAAACUCCUCGACUGUAAGAAGUAUCAAAUAGGGUAUUUUCAGUGACAUUCUGACCUAUCAUGGAAAUAUUCUGCUGGACUCUUUGAAAUUGCAAUUUUUUUUUUUUUGUAAGACCGUAAUACCAUUUAUUAAUAAUAAAUAUCGAAUAUAACUCCUAAGUAUCUGCAAAGAGCAGAGCUAGGUGGAUCAAAUCUUUUGCACGUGAGUUCAUUGUAAUUACAAGUGUGAGUUCAUUGCCAGUCGGCGAAUUUCCCUGCGAACAGAAUAUGUGUUCGGAACAACUCUAGUCAAGCCAAUGAGGGACCUGGUAACUAAGAAUUUCUUGAUUUUAUGCACCUAUGAACCUUCAAUUCCUCCUUUGAUUGCCUAGAAACACAUUUAAUGUGGUACAAUUUUUAUUUCUCAGGCUUCUUACAAUUUGUAAAUGAAAGUUUCACUUCCAAUUUUUCAUAGAAAUGCAGGGAUGAUUUACGUAACUAAUCAUAAAGUAAGAAUGAAAAAUUUGAUUUAUUACCUGUGAGUCUCACAGAGCCCUUUGUGUUUUUCUUUCGGCCCAAAAGUCAACUAAUAGAAUGUUCUUUAAUAUUCUAAUAAUAUCUAAAGGGAUCUCUAAAUUCAAUGUAAUUUUUACUCUAUGCCUGGAGAGAAAAGCAUCUCUGAACUGUGAUUAUUUUGGACACAAGUUUUUUUAACGAACCAUCGAAUGAAAGUAAUAUUUCUAAAAUUAGUUUUAAAUUUAGUAUGGAUCAAAUGUAUUGCUCAUCUUUUUCUGUUAAAAUUUGUAAAAUGAACAAGAGUUCUGUGUCAAUGUGCACUUGGUUUCCAGGAGAGGAAAGUAUGGAAGUGCGAUCAAGAAUGAUCUGACUGUUCCUAAAAUGAUUGUUCUUCAAAACUUUAUAUUCAGAAUCAUUACAAACUCCACCAUCUAUUUAUCUAUUUUUACAACAAUGUUGAAUUGUCCUUGUGAUAGCAUAUGUAAUUUAGCAGUAACAGACAUUGACUGAACUAAUUUCUAAGUUUUUUAUUGUUGACCGAUUUCAUUACUUAAUUCUUCCUGCUAAACAUCGAUUCAUUGUCUAGUCGGUACAAAGCAAGCUUUCGGUUCAUCAUAAAAAGAAUAUCAAAUCAAGGUCACUAUAUUUCAUCACUUAGCUACUUUAAAUUUUUAGAAGACAAAUUUUUUUUCUUAUUAACCUUUCUUAGGUUUUACCGAUGCCUGUGUUCGUGCUUUGAAACCGGAUCAAAUUAAUCAAAUUUUAUUUUCAAAAAAAUUUGAACCAAGGGCUGUAUUUUGUCGGCACUUUAAGACAGAAAAGUAAAACCUGUCAACGAGUCCAAAUUGCAUCACUGGCCAAUCAGAAGCACUAGGAUGGACUCUAAUGGAGUCAUUAACUCGUCCUAAGUAUAUGUAAGUACCAGUGGAAGGACCCAUCAAAAUUUGGCCCAAGAAUAGACUUCACAUACCUUUGAAUGAAAUUUAUCAUUAUCAUUCUCAAAUGAUAUACUUGGAAAAUAGCAAAAAUUUAAGACCUGAAAGUUGCAUUAGAAAUUUUUUCUUAUCAAUAAAUUAUUCAAUGUGGAAAUACUCCUGAAAGUAUGUAUUAUUGACAUAAAACAGACCUUGUGAAGCUCUAAGGACUUUUGAGCGCCCCUAAAAUUUGAACUUUUAUCUCAGUAUGGACUUGCUGCAUGUUGGCAUCUCCAUUUGUUGAACUCCUCUUUAUAAGAAACAAAGACUGCUACCAAGAAGAAAUCUUCCUUAUUUUUGAAAUGUUAGCCUAUUUUUUAAUGACAUUUUUCUACUUUUUUAAGUUUGUUCUCUUUCAUGAAAAAUAAACUACCUAUGGAAAACUUAAA